AAAGCCCGCCCCGGGCGCCCCCUGCGCUCCUCCCCGCCUGCGGUUCCCUCGGGCGAGCGCGGCUCCCGCCCGGAGGCGCCGGCACCCAGCGCAGGCUCUCCCGCGCCCUGUCCCCUCCUGUCCCCUCCCCGGCCAUGGAGCCCCGGGCGCUCCUUCUGCUCCUGUCGCCGGUGCUGGCCGCGCUGGGGAGCCUGGGGGGCUCCGGGAUCGAUGAAGUAAAGUGUAACACAACGAGGCAAGCUGCAUGUGGUGAAAGGUGCAUUCCUGUGGCCUGGCUCUGCAAUGGAGAGCAAGAGUGCCCUGAUGGGACUGACGAGCAGUGUGAGGAAAUAUGUCAUGGACACCCACAGGCCUGGCAGUGUGAUGAUGGGAAGUGUAUUUCUGUUAGCUGGCUUUGUGAUGGUGUUGGUGACUGCUUAGAUGGCUCUGACGAGGUUAACUGUGAGAGAUUGACAGUGUGUCCGGCCCAAAAAAUCCAGUGUCCAGGAAAUUCUCAGUGUCGUGAUGCCUGGGAGCUCUGUGAUGUCCAUGAGGACUGUGAUGGGUUUGACGAAGUGCACUGCCCCCGGAAGCAUUGCCUGGCUAGGCAGUGGCAGUGCAGGAACAGGGUGUGUGUCAUGGACAGCUGGAAGUGCAAUGGCAUCGACGACUGUGGUGACUCCUCAGAUGAGGACAUCUGUGAUUCCUGUCCAGAAGGCAUGGUUAGAUGUGAUGAAGGGAAAUGCAUCUUAGAAUCCCUAAUGUGUGAUGGGGAAGCAGACUGCACAGAUGGCACCGAUGAACCUACCACAUGUGGUAAAAACUGCUCUCUGGCCAACGGGGGCUGUGAGGGGCAGUGCAGUGACACAAGCUGGGGUGUCCAGUGUUCGUGUGGGACUGGAUGGCAAUUACAGCUGGAUCGUCAGAGCUGUGGAGAUGUAGACGAGUGCUCUAUGGCCUACAGUCCUUGUGGUCAGCUGUGUCAUAAUACACCAGGCUCUUACUCCUGUGAGUGUAUUCAAGGUCACCAGCUCUUCAAUGGCACCGACUGUCGAGUUAUGGAUGAUGCUGUUAAAAUUCUUAUCGCAGCAGAUCAAGAGCUUGGUGUCCUGCAUCGAAGAACAGGCAAUUAUGAGACUCUGAUACCUAUAAAAUCAAGGCCGACUUCUGUUGCAUAUGAUCUUGAGAGAAGCAUGUAUUUCUGGGUGGAUGAAGUCUUAAAUGUGUUUGUCCUUGGGAAGCCAAACUCCAUUCCCCUCUAUCCAGAACUUAAAACAGUGAACAGUAUCUCUUUGGACUGGUUCACGGGACAGUUGUAUUGGGCUAGCAGCUUCGCAAGGGUCAUCUAUGCUGGUUUAAGUGAUGGUAGAGGCUACGUCAAAAUCUUGGAAAAGGAUCUGGUGCCAGAGCAGCUGAUAGUGUUUCCUGAAAAGAAGUACUUGUACUGGGUAAAUCGAGGUGAGAAAGGCAUGCGGACUAUUGAAACUGCAGGGAUGGACGGCUCUGAUAGGAAGGUGCUUGCGGUUGUGAACAUGGAGGAACCUGUGGGACUGACACUUGACCGUGUGAUUGGCAGGCUCUACUGGAUCAGUAAAUUUAAAGAGUCCAUAGAGACGGUAAACGUGGAUGGCAGCGGGAGGCACACCUUUCCUGAGGUCUUCUUGGAAGGUGAAGAUCCAGUAGGACUAGCUGUAUUUGAGAACUCUUUCUUCUGGGCAAAUAAAAUACAGCUGUUUCGUACUUCACCCCACACCCCAAAGAAGAGAGAGGUGCUGCUAAAUGCCUCCGUAUCUGCUUUCUCAGUCCUCCACAAAUCCCAGCAGCCUAAGAGCAGAUACCCAGCAUGCGUUCCAGGUUCUUGUAGCCACUUGUGUCUCCUGUCUCCCGUCCAUCCCAAGGGCUAUAAGUGUGUUUGUCCAGAGGGAAUGUUUCUUUUACCUUCUGGUACAUGUAAUGAGUUGAAACUUGUAUUUUCUUCUGGCAAACAUCUCUACUUGUUGAAAGUUGGUUUUAUGGGAACUGCUAUAGAAAAAACUCUAGUUCAAGAGCAUCCUAGGAACAUCUAUUUACUAGAUAUUGACUGGAAAAGAAACCUUGUCUACUGGACAAAUGCCAAGGGACAGCUGUUCUGCUCAACUGGCUAUUCAGGAGAAAAGCAAGAGAUUUGGACAGAGCAUAGAGUCUGUUCAGCAAGUGUGGACAUAUCAACUGGGGACUUGUACUGGCUGCCCUGUGACAGAAGUGCUAUUCAGAAGACUAGAAUCACUGGCCCAGACACACAUACCCUCUACAGAACGGGCAGCAUUAUACUGCAUCUUCUUCUUGAUUGGCCAAAGAGGGUGCUCUACUGGGUAGAAAGUGAGAAGCACUUGCAAAGUAUGACCCUUGAUGGCAAAAACAGACAGGAAGUCUGGAGAGGCACCUGGACGGCGGAAACCCACAUGGCCUUAGACCUCGGCUCAUCUAGCAUCCUCUGGACCACCAAAGAGUUAGGGUUGCAAAGUCUGAGUCUCCUAAAAAAUAGAACCUACAGUUUGAACAAGACCUGGAGUGAUGGUAUCAUAGUCGCCCACGAGCCCUACCUGGUGACCGUGAACAGAGCAGCUCUUGUGCUGUGGAACAGAAGGAUGCUGGAGCCCCUCUCGGUGUCAAAAGAGCCAUUCAUAAGGAAAAUCAUCAUCCUGGCAGAGAACCAGGAGGUUCCAGAUCCUGAGGUUGAAGGAGCAGCCACAGCCACUCCUCCUACUCUUCCUCCACCACCCCCUCUCCUGUGCACCCGAUCCUCUGUCCCCUGUCGGGAUGGGAAGGAAUGCAUUUCCCGGGAGAACCUCUGCAAUGGCGAGCGGGACUGUCAGGAUGGCUCGGAUGAAGAGAACUGUUCCCAGUUCUGCAACAAACCAGGGAUCUUCCAGUGUCUGGAUGGAAACAAGUGCAUCGAGGAGAAAUACCACUGUGAUGGGGCCUGGCAGUGCUUAGAUGGGUCCGAUGAGUUGGACUGCUGGAAGCCCAGUGAGGAUUGUUCUCUGCGUUGUGACAACAAGACCCGCUGUAUCCCUAAGAGCUGGCUGUGUGAUGGCAAUUCAGACUGUUUUGACAAAAAAGAUGAACAGGGAUGUAUCCAUGAAAAAUGCAGCACAUCUGAAUUUAGAUGUGGGAAUGGCCAGUGCAUAUCUUACUCUCUGCGUUGUGAUGGGAGCCGUGACUGCCUGGACCACUCGGAUGAAGAAGGCUGUCUUGCUGCCUGGCCCCUGCGGUGCCCCUCAGGGGAGGUGAAGUGCCCGAGGAGUGGAGAAUGUGUGCUGGCAGAGUGGAUAUGUGACCAUGACUUAGACUGCAAAGAUGGAACCGAUGAGAAGGACUGUGACCCUGAGGAGCUUCGGUGUGGCUCCAGGCAGUGGUCCUGUGCCAGCGGAGGCCAGUGCGUGCCUGACUCGUGGCUCUGUGAUGGGCAGCGUGACUGCAGGGACGGCAGUGACGAGGCUGGGUGCUCCCCAGAGAAGUGCCCGAGUUCUGAGUUCCAGUGUCGCUCCUCUGCCUGCCUCAACCUCAGUCUGGUGUGCAACGGGAAGGAGGACUGUGCCGACGGCUCAGAUGAAGGUGGAAAGUGCUCGUCAUCAGUGUGCAGCCAAGCAGAGUGUUCCCACACCUGCUACCAGUCCCCACACGGGCCUGUAUGUGCUUGUGAGCAGGGCUUUGAGCUGAGCAGCAGUGGCCGAAUCUGCAAGGACGUAGAUGAGUGCCAGAAGUCGGGUGGUUGGUCGUGCAGUCAGACCUGUGUCAAUACCGAGGGCUCCUACAGCUGUACCUGUCGUCCUGGCUACUCGCUGGAGCCUGACGGCCACACCUGUAAAGCAGCAGGUACUGAACCAAUCCUGCUUGUGGCAGUACAGUUUAACCUGCUCCUCUAUGGACUGAGGAGCUUGAAAGAAGAUAUUCUGGCAGCUACAGACAAGAAUCUGAUUAUUUUCUCUAUCGACUAUGACUUAGUGGAGCAGAAAGUCUUCUGGACAGAUCUUGGUGCGGAAAGUAUUAAGUGGAUCAGCAUGGACACAAAGAAGAAAGGGACUGUAGUGAAAGGGAUAAAGUCAGACUGUAUAGUGGUUGACUGGAUUGGAAGGAAUCUCUACUGGGUGGAUGGGAUAGCUGGCCGGAUUUUGGCAAUUCAGUUGACUGCUGUUUGGAGAGGAAAAUCUGAGCACACGGUUGUCCUAGAUGAUGACUUGAAUCAACCACGGUCUUUGGCUUUAGAUCCCCUAAAUGGGUUAAUGUACUGGUCUGAAAUUGGAGGAGAACCUCAAAUAGAACAAGCCGGAAUGGAUGGCAGCAACAGAAAAAUACUCAUCAAUCAAGGUCUUGGCUGGCCAACUAGCAUAGCUCUUGACCAGUUGAGUUGGAAGAUAUUCUGGGCUGAUGACAAAUUUCACUGUAUUGGCUCUGCCAAUCUAGAUGGUACUGGUAUUAGCAUGUUGCAGCUAACACAAAUCAAGAGCCCCUUUUCAGUCGCUGUGUUUGAAGAUGAAGUCUUCUGGUCUGAAAUGAAGACAAGAACAGUACAGCGCAUGAAGAAGACGACAGGCAAGAACAGGGCUGUCCUCAUCAAGCGUUUUGAACAGCCUUAUGGACUCAAGAUAAUACACGAUGUGCUACAGCCCAGGUCUUCUAAUCCUUGUCUGGACACUGGAUGUUCUCAUCUGUGCCUUCUGAGCCCACGAUCCAAGGGGAGCUGUCAUUGCCCAGUUGGACUUCUGCUUGCAGAUGAUGGCAUCAACUGUCUUCCACUUGAGGAGUCUACAUUUCUCUUCCUUGUGUUGCCCACAGUUAUCAUACAGAUUUAUCUGAAAAAUCUAGAAGCUACACUAGGACAAGCAACUUUACCAGUACAUAGGAUACUUCCCUUUACCAAUGUGAACCAGCUUGCCUCAAUGGACUACCUUGUCCAGGAAAAGGCUCUCUACCUUUCAGAGUUGAAUAAUGGUGAUAUCAGACUACUGAGGCUCAAAGAAUCUGGAAAGCUCUCUUGGAGGAAAAUCAUAUCUGUGGAAGGGACAGUGAUCGACCUUGCUGUGGACUGGUUGAGUGGAAACAUAUAUUGGAUUGACAGUGAGAAUCCUCACAUCAAUGUAGCUUCCCCAAAAGGCCAGUACUCCACUGGCCUGUUCAGCGAAAAUCUUUACGGCCCAACCUCUGUUGUGCUCCACCCGCCUGCCGCGAUCAUGUGCUUUGUGGACCGGGGUUCCCAGGAUGACGGUAAGCGUGGCUCCAGCAUUGAAUGUGCCUCCAUGGAUGGCAGCAGGAGGAAGGUGCUGUGGCAGAAAUCCCAGGUCCCUGUGGGCCUGACCUUUUCGGAUUCAGGGACCCGAGUGUACUGGGCUGAUACUGGGAGAGGACUCAUAGAAAGUAUUCAACAAGAUGGCUCUAGAUACAGAGUAGACCGCAGAGGCAUUCAGGGCCUUAACCUCUUUACGUACGGCCAAAGCAUGAUGUUCUGGACAACAAUUGAUGAUGACCAAAUCACUAAAGUUUGGUACAGCAAGGCAGAACUUUCAGAAAACUGGUGUUUCCAGGUAGACCAGAAGAUUGUGGAUUUAAAAGUGUAUAGUACACUUAAUCAACAGGGUAGUCACAGCUGCUCAAAAGACAAUGGAGGAUGUAGCCAUAUUUGUUUACCAAACCCUGAAGGACGGACUUGUAAAUGUCCUGGUGGAUACUACUUGGCUGACACAAACAAAUGUCUUGAAGCUGCCCGAUGCUCUGCACCAUUACAGUCCUGUAAGGAUGGUCAGAAAUGCAUUCCCAUGGAGCAAGUGUGUGAUGGUCGUGCAGACUGUCUGGAUGGAUCUGACGAAAUGGGCUGUACCUAUCCAGAUAAAACCCAUUCAACACCAACACCUGAAAAGCCAGAGGCUGGAAAAAUGUUGACUCCAAAAGCUGCUCAACCUCUCCAGGCCACCAAGUCCACCGAGGCUAGCUAUCUGGAUCCAGAAGGGAUGAAUUAUCCUGUCAGGAAAACACUGAUCCCUCCGAUUCCUGCUAGAGAAAGCAAGACCUCAGAAACCAAGGAAAGAGGGGAGUCUGUUCAGCCCCAGGACUCACAGAGGGCAAAACAUCGGCCCUGUAGCAGCGAUUUCUGUAAUGGGAGGGGAAUCUGUACAAUGGAAGGAGAGCUGAGAAAAUGCAGCUGUCUGAUGGAAUAUGGUGGAGAGUUCUGUGAAGAGGCAGUGCAUGGACCUUCUCCUGGCUACAUCGCCCUCAGCUUAAUCAUUGCUUUAUCAGUUGUUCUGGCAGCUCUGGCAGCAUAUGUAUAUUUCAGAAGAGAACAUGAAUUAAAAAGAAACCGUACCACAUCAUCAAGAAAUUCGAACUGCUAUAAAGAAAAUGACCCAGAAGAAGUGAAUCUAAUGAAUAGUGAGACUUUUGUCAAUGAAGCCUAUGAUGAACAGGUAUGCCUAGGAAGUGUCUUUGAGGAAAACAGAUUGUGAGAUAACAGUUAAAGAACGCCCCUUCUGGAAAAUCCUAGCUGGGUAAAAGUAGGCAGUGUUAACCUCAAGAUAUUUUUGUUAUUGGUGAGUGAUGCUAUUAUGUGUAUCAAAUGAAUACUCAGUAACUUUUUUGUCUUUAGACGCUGUUCAGUCUUUUGUUGUUCAAACCAAAGUGACACGUGCAUGAAAUAGUAAUCAAGAAAUUCAGCUUUUGGUGGCCUUCCACAGGGGGCUCAAUCCUACCUUGAGGUGGGAUGUUAUUAGGGUUAGUUGGAGUCACCCCUAAAAUUUACAUCCCCCUGUAAUCUCUGCUAACUUCUGCAUAGCUCAGCCCUCUCCGUGUUUUUGCUUUGUUUUAAUGUAGUCCGUGUUCUCUAACUUCACGUCUCUCUUCUUACAGGAAUUGUUAACCUCUUUACAGACUGACUAACCUGGUAAAAAAGGAGCUGAAAUAUCUCAAUAAAAAUUGUUUAUACAUUUCAUGACGUACUGUUUCAACUUCUGUAACAGUUUGUGGUAAAUGGUUACUUAUUAAAAUAACGGC